AUGGUGCCUCAACAGCAAAGGCGGAGACGCCGUAGAGCUGCUUUAUCGCGAACUGCUGAGCGUCGAGUCGUAGUUGUAAGAGGUCCUGGUGGAUUUGGAUUCACUAUCGCGGGCCAAAGACCCUGUGUUGUGUCUGCAGUGGCAGCUGGUGGACCGGCAGAGAGAGCUGGUUUGCGAGCUGGCGAUGCUUUGCUCGCAGUUGACGGGGCUAGUGUGGCUAGAGCACCACAUGCAUCGGUGGCCCGUCUUAUUGCCGCUGCACCAGGGCCCAUUGCCCUAAGUGUGGCUCCUAGAGAAUCUCCACCUACUGAUACUGAAGAUACAGAACCUGAAGAAAGAGCUAGAACAAGACGCAGGUACCCUCCACCUCGGCGCAGACCACAACCAGCAAUGUUACAUCAUCCAGGUUGUCAUGCAGCUCCAAGUACAUCAGGUGUAAACGAAAUCUUACAGAAUUUAACUCGAGCUCAAUUAACACCCAAUCAUUUAGCCAGGCUAGAGUGCAGAGCAGUAGUUGGCUAUUUAGGAACAAUAGAAACACCUCAAGCAUCUCCAAAUGCUGCUCCAGGAAAUGUCCGAACAGCUGUACGAAAAUUGAGGCAAGAGAGGCGCACAGCUGCACCUGUUUUACUUUCUGUUCUUCCUAACGCGUUACUCUUGCGACGUCCCAAUGGACAAGUUCUAGCCCAAUAUCAAAGAGAGAGGAUUGUUUAUGCAGGUUGUGGUUCAGAGGCCGACAGACGAUUUUUUGGGCUUGUAACAGCAGCUGAAAUUACUGAUUUAGAAGCUGAAGCGUCACAUAGCUGCCACGUAUUUGCCGUCGAUCCACGAAUGGCGGAACAUGAGGCUCAUAUUCCACGAUCGAGAGAAUUUCAAAUAUCGUGCACAAGAGAUCCUGUUGCAGAAAGAUGUUUAGAGUUUCCGCCGUCUGCGGAGUACGUGGUUGGUGUUAUCCGUGGCAUGUAUUCUCUACCGCCUGACGAUUGCGUAACUCCUUCAAUACAGCAAAUAUCAAAAUUAGCAGUGAAGGGAGACAGUCCAGCUUUAGGUAAUUUUUCAAGGAAUAACCGACCCGUCUUUAGAGUGCCGCGAGAUAGAAGACCGUGUAGGCACGAAGAAGUGAGGAUUGAACCCGAAUUUGUUGCGAAUUCUCCCCAACCGAGUAAUCAUAGUGAAAUAACUACAACAUCCAGUAACAGUGACUCUGGCAUUGGCUUCCAUAAUGAUUGCAGGAACAUUGCAGAUAGAAUACUUGUUGUUGACUUCGCUGGACAGCAAGCAGCGCCCAAUAGGUUUCGACAGGAGAUGCCGCGACGGCCUAUUGGCUUAGUCGGCUGUAGCAGUUUUGAAACAGAAGGCUCGUUUCUAUCAAACACUACUCCUGUUGUUGACGGAUUUGCAGGUCAAGGCAGGCCUCUUAACAUGGACGAUGUGAUUCUUAACGCGAAUGAUUUACCGCGCCCCGUCAACCUCAGAAAUGACGAAGACAGCUACAAUUACAACAAUAUAUAUGGCAAUCUUCCAUCUAGUUCGAGAAGUUUUAAUGGCGUAGUGUACGACCAAGUGUAUACAGAAAAUGAGGGACACUACGAGUUCAUUCCUUCUCAGAUAGAGGUAGAUGAUAUAGAUAGAGUGGCAGAGACGUUUAAUUCUGUAGAAAUAUACGAGGAGAGACAGCGUCGUGUCGACUAUCAAUCAAAUGAAUCGGUAGAAAAUGUGACAGUCAUCUCUGGCACAAGUAAAGCUAGUGUUGAUUCAGUAUCAGUAUAUUCGUCCCGAAGUCACGAGGAAGCGAGGCCGUCGAGAAGGAAACAUUUACAAGCAUCGCUGGAUGAUAUGCUAGUGUUGGGGUUUCGGGACCCUCCACCACCAGAGGAUAAAGACGACGAAAAAUUUGUUCAUCCUGCUACUAUAAAAUGCAAGGUCCGAAAAUCCAAACCCCUCAACAUAAUCUCGAAAACCAAGUACAUCCUGACUGGUAAAAGUGACAAGGAGAAAAAGGAGAGAGAAGAUAAGAUAGAGAGAAGGAGAGCGUUAAGUGCGAGCGCGGGGGACGUGUCCGGGGUGGGCGACAGAGAGGAGGACGCCCUGCCGGCCGCUGCCAGCGAGCCUGAUCUGAGGGACUCGCAGGUAUGUUUAGAGUUAGUUGUGUUUUUAGUUCUAAGU